AUGCAAGCAGUUGGGAAUAUGUUCCCCACCGACUGGAGCCCACCACCUGUGGAGUUCCUGAACAUGGGGUCACCACAGGCCAGCAGGAUGGCCCCGGCCCAGGGGUGGAUUGGCAGAGCAGGGCCUCAGGGGCUGAGGAGACUGGCCCCCCAGCUGCCCAAGGACUUAGAGCAGCAGCCCCAGGACUCAGAACCCAAGAGGGGCCUGGCCUCCCUGGAGGAGCCUUUCUGGAACACACCAGGUGGCGCUGUCCCCUCUGGUGUCCCCAUCAGGCCAUGGCUGCAGGGUGCCUUCUUCCAGGCUGCCAACCAGGUGCGCCCGCUGAUGCGUGACUCUCCUGCCUCUUGCUUUGCCAGGACGCUGGUGGAGUGCUUCGUGUCACCACGGGCCCUCCCAGCAGUGCAUCCAGGCGAGACUGUGUUUCUACCCAGGCGUCACCCCCUGCCUUGCAUCCCGGAUUGUUCACACCUGAAGCCACAGUGUGACCUGGAAGAGCUGUUCUUCAGCUCCUCGCUGGCCCAGCAGCUCUCCUUCCUGCGCAGUGGCCUCCAGAGCAACCUCUACCUGCGCACUGCCAACUGCCCCGUGCCUGUGCUGCAGUGGCUCUUCCAGCUGCUGCCAUGGCCUCCAGAAACUUCUUCAGGAGCCUUUGGUCUCCUGUGGGAUCUCAGCAUGGAUGAGUUCUUCCAUCAUUCUGGUGAAGCCAUGUGUAUGUGGUGCCCCUCACUGCAAGAGGUCACAGAGGCCUUUUAUAGCCUGGGAGCCCUCAGCCCUGCUGUGUACCAUGUGGGGCCCUGUCAGCACAGCAGGGAGAGUGAUGCUAGCCUGAGCUGGAGUGAGCAGCAGAACACCCCCUUAGAAACCGCCUUGGACAUCAGCCUGAACUACAUCUACAAGGUCCUGACACUGGGUGCUCUGGACCAGCCAGGGGCCUACAUCAGUGGGAACCUCUUGGGCCUGAUUGAACUGCUCUGCUGAGCCAACCUGGACGUGGGGCUCUGACUGCUGCCCAAGACCAACCUCCAGCAGCUCCUGUUUCUGCUCCUUGAUGACACCCAGGAAUGGCCGGUGAAGCUCUGUCAGUCGUGCCACAGCCUGAGCUGGGUGUCAGAUCACCACCACAACCGACUGGCGCUUGUGCAGUUUUUCCUGGAUGUGACUCCCCAGAACAGGUGGCAACUUCGAAGCCAGCCCAGCCUCGUGAUUAUUGCCCGGAUACUGAACCAGCAAGAGUCUCUCCGUCUCUGGCAAGAGAAGGCUCAGCUGUCCUCGCUCAGCCACCUCCUGAGCCUCCUGAGGCCAUCAUCCCUCAGGCAGUACCUGAGCUUUGGGAACUUGCCACCCAGCCAGGAGCAACAGCCAAACGCCGGUGCUGAGCUUGACCACAAGAUGUGCUACCUGUGCCACAGCUUCCUGACACUGGCUGGGGUGGUGGUCAGCUACCAGGACAUUUCCCUGGACCACUGGGAAGAGCUGCAGCUGCUCUGCGUGCAGCUGGACCAACAUGUCAACAAGGAGAGCCCUCAGGCCAUGCACCAAACCAAACUCAAGGACCUGGCUGCCCAGACCUACAUCCUCUGACAGGAGCUACUGGCCCACUGCCAGCCCCAGGUCCAGUACUUCAGGCCCUGGAAGGACAUCUGAAGGAGCAGGGCAGGGCUGGGCUGACCCAGGGCUCUUGUCUCUGGCAGGAAUUGAACGGGGCUCAUGGAACAGGAGCAAGUGAAGAAUGGAGGCCAGAGAAGGACCAGUCUAAUGAAGCAAGAGCCUGCUGCACACUGCCCCUGGCCCCACCAGCCAAGGCACGAGGCUUCCCCUGCCUGGCCUGCCCCUCAGCUCUCCUCCCCUCCCAGCCAUCUCUUCUGUCUCCACAGCCUUUGUCUCCAGGGCUCUGGUGUCCCUUGCCUUCUUGGGUCCUGCCAAACCUUAGUCCUCCCCACCCUCCUUCCUCUGUGUUACUGGGAGUUUCUUUGUGCACAUUAAAAUCUUAU